UGAACGCCUUGAUUCCACGACAACCACGUAUUCUCUCCCUGCUCGUUGAACUGGAUACAUUAAUCAGAAACAUUCAAAAUGUCUCUCCUUAACAAUAAUAGCGACGAUGAUGAGUGCGCGGGCUUCGAAUUUUGUUCGCGGCGCAACUCGUUUCCUGGAAUGCUGCCUUUUGAUCCCUCGUCGCUAGAAAACUUAAUUUUGUCGAUCGUUGAUAAAUUCGACUUCCGCGUGUUAAUGAGUAAUGAGCGAACAAGGGACGCUGUGCUGGUGACCGCAGGAUUCGCUUUGGCAGGGGGACUGAUUGGAAAGAUGUGCGGGGGAAAAAUGGGAGCGGCCGUUGGUGGAGCCGUUGGCGGUGCUUGCGGAAUUGGUGUCGUUGCUAUUUCUAUGCGGGAAUUAUGGAAAGACGUUCGUCCCAAGUUGGCAGACGUGUUCGACCUCGUCUACGACUACCUGGCUGGCCUGGGGAUCAAAGAUUAUGCGAGCGCCGCCUUAUUUCUAGCCAAUACGAACCCGCAAACCGCGGUACUAGCCAAAAUGAUUUUGGAAAGUUCUUCGCAGAUAUUGGGAAAACAAUUGGUGUCUAAUCUACUUUCAAUUACAAGGGCCUGAUAUAAGUUAUGUUAGUAGUAAUUUUA